UCAGCGUUUUUUGAAAUUUUGGAAGAUUUUAAUUUAGAUUACCGUACGGUACUUCAAACAAGAACCAAAGCUUUUGAGGGGGAUACAUUUAAAAAUCUUUACUUUAAUUAAUCAUUUUACUUUAGCCCACUCGUAUUCAUUAAGUAUAUAGGUGCUCGACGUAUUUUAUGAUUUUAAAAUAUUAAUAAAACAUUGUUACGAUUGUGUAGAAAACAUAAUUAUUACAAAAAUGAGCGAGGUGACAAAGGAAUCCCUCAGCGAAGCCCAGCGCGCGCGACUCGAGCGAAACAGGCAGAAGGCGAAGGCCCUAAGGGAGUCACGCCUCGUGCAACCCAAAGAAGUCAUCAAGAAAGUUGUAAAUAAGAAUGUGAAUGGAAUUGAUUCCGGAGCAGGUUUCUUCAUAGAAGAAGAUGAACCUGAGGAGUUGAAGAUAUCCGCUCAGCCUGCUCCAAUAGUGGACAGAACAGAACAGCCCAAUUGCCUAGAGUGUAACAAACCUAUUGCACAGUCCUACCUUCUUGACACAUUUGAUUACCCCGUAUGUGAUAACUGCAGAGAUAGCGAAGGCGCGCACUCGCUGGUGACUCGCACCGAAGCCAAGACUGAGUUCCUGCUGAAGGACUGCGACCUGGACUCCCGGCCGCCGCCGCUACGUUGCGUCCGCCGCCGCAACCCGCACCGCGCGCGCUUCGCCGAGAUGCGCCUGUACCUGCGCGCGCAAGUGGAGGCGCGCGCGCUCGACGUGUGGGGCUCGCUGGCCGAGCUGGAGGAGGAACGCACGCGCCACCGUGAGCGCCGCGAACGCGCCGAUCGCACGCGUGCCGAUCGCAAGCUGCGAGCGCUGCGAAUGGCCGUCCGCUCCACGCUCUUUGACCGCACGCGCGCCGCGCACGAGCACACUUUCGGUCCCGAGCAAUACGACGCCGACGAGGACAUCUACCGGCGCUCCUGCGACUGCGGCCACACCGAGACUUACGAAAAAAUGUGAGCUCCGUUCGUGCUUCCUCCUCACACUUGGAAAAAUACUGCAACAGGUCCUUUCACGUUGACGUAGCGACGUAAUUCUCGAAUGUCCCGUCAGUUUUGGGCGCGUUCAGGCAAAACGAUGCUUGAGAAUGGUUUCCGUCACUUGUUUAUUGUAAAGAUAAUAUACAUACAUUUAAGAAAUAAAACUUUUACUAAACAAAUGCACU